GCUCAGGCUGUAAUUGGAGAUAAAAUGGCGCUGACUUCUCAAGGAACAAAGAAGAAAGUUUGCUAUUAUUAUGAUGGUGAUGUUGGCAAUUAUUACUAUGGCCAGGGCCACCCCAUGAAGCCCCACAGAAUCCGCAUGACCCAUAAUUUACUUCUGAACUAUGGGCUGUACAGGAAGAUGGAAAUCUACAGGCCUCAUAAAGCCAAUGCUGAAGAGAUGACCAAGUACCACAGUGAUGACUACAUCAAGUUCCUGCGCUCCAUCCGUCCGGAUAACAUGUCAGAGUACAGCAAACAGAUGCAGAGAUUUAAUGUGGGGGAGGAUUGUCCUGUGUUUGAUGGCCUGUUUGAAUUCUGUCAGCUCUCAACAGGUGGCUCUGUAGCUGGGGCAGUGAAACUGAACAAACAACAGACAGACAUCGCCAUUAACUGGGCAGGAGGCCUUCACCAUGCCAAGAAGUCUGAAGCCUCUGGCUUCUGCUAUGUUAACGACAUUGUCCUGGCCAUUCUGGAACUGCUUAAGUAUCAUCAGAGAGUGCUGUACAUUGACAUUGACAUUCAUCACGGCGAUGGUGUAGAGGAGGCUUUCUACACCACUGACCGUGUCAUGACCGUGUCCUUCCACAAGUACGGGGAGUACUUCCCUGGCACAGGAGACCUCAGAGAUAUUGGUGCAGGGAAAGGCAAAUACUAUGCUGUGAACUACCCUCUCAGGGACGGCAUUGAUGACGAGUCUUAUGAAGCCAUUUUCAAACCAAUCAUGGCUAAAGUGAUGGAGAUGUAUCAGCCCAGCGCAGUGGUUCUGCAGUGUGGCGCUGAUUCUCUGUCUGGAGACAGACUGGGUUGUUUCAAUCUUACCAUUAAAGGCCAUGCUAAGUGUGUGGAGUACAUGAAGAGCUUUAACCUUCCCCUGCUCAUGCUGGGGGGUGGGGGCUACACCAUCCGUAACGUGGCUCGCUGCUGGACGUUUGAAACGGCUGUGGCACUGGACACCACGAUCCCCAACGAGCUUCCAUACAAUGACUACUUUGAGUAUUUUGGACCAGACUUCAAACUUCACAUAAGCCCAUCCAACAUGACCAACCAGAACACAAACGAUUACCUGGAAAAGAUUAAGCAGCGUCUGUUUGAGAACCUGCGCAUGCUGCCCCAUGCCCCGGGCGUGCAGAUGCAGGCCAUCCCUGAGGAUGCCGUGCAGGAGGACAGCGGCGAUGAGGAGGAGGAUCCUGACAAACGCAUCUCCAUCCGUGCUCAUGAUAAGAGGAUAGCCUGUGAUGAAGAGUUCUCAGACUCUGAGGAUGAAGGCCAAGGUGGCCGUAGAAACGCGGCCAACUACAAAAAGGCCAAGCGAGUCAAAACCGAGGAGGAGAAGGAUGGAGAAGAGAAGAAAGGUGAGCCAACAGAUGUGAAGGAGGAAGAGAAAACACCUGAGGAGAAGAUGGACACAAAGGGGCCAAAAGAAGAACUGAAAACAGCUUGAACAGAUGACGCCUUGGUCAGAGUGGAUGCAUGAACUUAAAAUUGUCAUACUUACACACAUGCAUACACACACACACGCACACACACACACAUACACAUGUAGCUUCUAAAAGCUAAAGACUGUAAAUUAUUUUCUAAGACUCGUUUUACUACUUGUAUUCUUAAGGAGCGGUAUUUUUUUUUUUUUUUUUUUUGCAUUCUUAAGUGUGAACUGAAAUGCAAGAUGUAUGUUUUUUGUUUUUUCCCCCCCCUUCGUUUUUUUGUGCUUUUGAAACCUUGCAUCACUGUUUUUUCCCCAGUUAGAACCUCAUGUUACUGUUAAUGAAAACACAGCACCUCAACCAAACAGGACCAGAUACAGCACAAAUCUAGCCAGUGGUCACUAGUUUUCCUCCCCUCAUACGAGGGAGGAAUCAACUUGUAAGUUAUUUGAAAUCAUGCAUAUUCACUGCCUGUCCCCUUAUUUUUUUUUUUUUUUUUCUGUGUUCCCUUGUGGAUGCUGUCCUGACGCAGUGUCCUUUACCUCGUUUUUAAAAAGGUAAAAAAAAAAAAAGUUUUUUUAUUGCGGUGUCUGUAUUGAUGGCUCUGAACUUGUCCGCUGUCUGUUGGGGCAUGGAGAAAAAGGCUUGCUUAAUUGCUAAUAGUCUUCAGAAUCAGAUUAUUCUCUGUUGUGGUUAUGCUAUAGCCUGUCAGCAGCAUAGCUGACCAAAUAUACCAGUUUGGAGUUCAAGAGUUCAGUGAUUUGUGAAAUGUCCAUAUUAUAACAAUGACUUUGGUAAAGA